AUGUAUUAUCCGAGCUACCUGUUCCCGCUCGUCAGUGGUGUUUUAGGAAUCACGUUUUUAUGCUGGGUUAUCUAUACGCUUUACUUUCAUCCGCUGGCUAAAUACCCUGGUCCCUUUCUGGCGAAAUUUACCACCCUGUAUGCGGCCUACCAUGGUUGGAAGGGAGACAUUCAUUUAGACAUAUGGGCUUGUCACCAACGUUAUGGCGACACUAUUCGCUACAAACCAAAUUCUGUCAUUUUCAACACAGUCGAGGCCCUUCAUCUCAUCUAUCGGCGCCCGGGUGGCAUUGUCAAAUCAAAGGUAUAUGAGCCGAUGGUUCAUCGUGCUCCAAACACUUUCACCAUUCGUGGGGGAAAGGAGCAUGCCAAACGCCGUCGGAUAAUGGCCCAGGGUCUGUCUGAUAAGGCGUUGCGCGAAUAUGAGCCGCGAAUCAUCAAACAUAUCGAUAAAUUUCUUCAAGUCAUGAUUGAUGAUUCGACAACCUCAGAUGCUUGGAGUGAGCCAAAGAAUAUGGCACAAUGGUGCAAUUAUCUCUCAUUCGAUAUUAUGGCCGAUGUGGUGUUCGGAGCGAAGUACAACCUUCUGGGCGAGCAACGUUUCCGGUACGUUUGCGACGCCAUCGAUGCCUCUAAUGUACGUAUGGGAACGCUGGUUCAGGCAGGGCGAUGGGGAUCUAUGAAGAUCGAAAAGUAUUUGUUCCGGAAGGCCAUUUUUGGUCGCAAUCGAUUCGUGCGUUUUGUUACGAAACUUGUCCAGAUGCGUUUGUCACCCACUUCUGUGAAUGACGCCGCAGAUGUACCGGACGUGUUUCAUCGCCUUCGAGACGCGAAAGAUCCAGUCACCGGUGCUGGAUUCACCUUGGAUGAAAUUGCUGCUGAGAGCACAACGCUCAUUGUAGCAGGGUCUGACACAACAUCUACCAGCAUCUCAGCAGUACUAUUCUACCUUGCUCAUCAUCAGGACGUAUAUGAAAAAGUUACUGCAGAGGUGCGCGGCAAGUUCAGUUCAGUCGACGAAAUCCGUUCCGGUUCGGCACUGGCAUCUUGCCAAUUCCUCCAGGCUUGUGUGAAUGAAGCCUUUCGCAUGUCUCCGGCCGUUGGAAGUUGCCUCUUUCGCGAGGUAGUGAAUAAUCCCAUUACAAUUGACGGGCAGACAAUUCCCACUGGCUACGAUGUUGGUGUCGGGAUCUAUUCCAUUCACCAUAGCCCGAAAUAUUUUGAAACGCCGUUUGAUUUUGAUCCAAACCGGUGGCUUGAGGGAACUGAGCAAAAAGACACAAAGGAGAGCCUCGAUCGUGGUCUUGCAGUGAUGAACCCAUUCUCGCUUGGCACCCGCAGCUGUCUUGGAAAAGGAUUGGCAACAGUGGAAAUCCAUCUUAUGUUGGCGUUUCUGUUCUAUACCUACGAUUUCCAGCUUGCGGAUGGUGCGUUAGGUCGAAUUGGAGAAGGAGGUCCAGGGGAAGGAAUGCAUCGUCAUAGGGCUCAUGAAUACCAGCUGCAUGACCAUAUUACCAGUCAAAAAGAAGGACCAUAUCUACAGUUCAAGAUUCGGGAGCAGGACUAA